AUGGGACCAGGAAAGACCGCCAGGUUCCCCAUCAAUGCUGCCAUGACAUACCUUAUGCCAUGCAUUGGUUCAACUGCCACCAAUAGAAACCCUACUAAGCCCGCCCAACUCAUACUCCGCACUACCGGCCGAGUUGCUAUCCUUCCCAGCAUCCCCUUCCAGUACCUUCAUCUCACGCUGCACUUCGGGACACGCCUCGUUCCAUCAUACCGCCUCGAGGUGUUAAUCAUCGUCCAUGUCCACCCCACCCGGGAUACCUACUGCGGUUUUCAUCUCAAGUCGCCUUCAAAGGGAAUGUGCAACGCGCAACGCCACCCUUCCAUGCUCCUGCACCCAAUGUCCGUCCUCCAACGCGCUGCCUCCAAUAUCUCUCCACUGCCAGCUCAUGCGAUGCCCAAGUUUCUGCACCCGAACAUAAAGGACCUCGAAGGGACUCGAAGGGGCAAUGAAGAAAAGAAGAAGCCCUAUCCACACAAACACGCCUAUGCCAGGGGAUUUUCCACCAGACAAAAAAAAACCCUUCCGGAGAUGAUGCAGCAGCUGUGCAAGAGAAUCCCGUCCGCCCCCUUGCUCCCUUCUAUCAGUUUUAUUCUCGCUCGAAAUGUUGUUUUGCUGUGCCAUACUCCGCUUGUGGCUGUGCUUUCUCGGCCCCUCAAAUCCAAGGAGCCAUCCGCAUGGGUGUUUAUGGUUAAUCUUGCCCACGACCCGUGA